AUGUUCUAUACAAUUAUUGGAAUCACUCUUUUAUUCCUAAAUCCAUGCCAGACUCUGUUUUUAAAUGAAGGCAAGGAUAUCACUCACACAGGUGACUCAACCAAGUCCUUUGGAUAUAAAGCAGGGCUGUUCAGUAUCAAUCCAAAAUCAAUCAGCAAGGUUCCCAAGCUAGGGAAGAAAGAGGCAGAAGGAAUUUUUCAGGAUUAUACCCAAGCAGAAAAAUCUUUUUUCUUUAUUGGUGCUGAUGGGACAAUCAAGCCACAUGAUGGGGAUAAUAGUGUUAAACACAAGCAGAGGGUCAUUAAAGUUUUGACAGAGCUUUCUGCUAAUCUCAAUAAUCAAGUUUGGCUAGUAACCUCAAAGGAAGUAUCAGAACUUGAAACUACCUAUGGUAAAAUUCCUGGGCUAAAUCUAGCUGAUAUAAGCAAUACAAAGCAGCUGCUGAAGGCUAAAUUAUUGGAAAUUAGUUCCAAUCUUAACGUAGCUGGUAGAAUGAAUGAUGAAGAGUUUUAUAGGCUACCUUACAUACAUUAUUAUGAAGAUGAUAAUAAGGAAAAAAUAAAUAUGGAAAUGAACCAGAUGAGAGAAGCACUGCAAGAGGCUAUCAAAAACAAUCAAAUAUUUGAAGAUUUUGAAGUAGAAUUUAUAGAUCAAGGAGACAAGUUUGAAUUGUCCUUGCAACACAAAGUUUACAGUAACAUGGGAUUGAUACCUGCAAUGGUUCUCCAAAAAGGAGCACAUGAUUUUGCAUUGUCUGUGGGUGACAUGGAUAUGGAAGAGAAGAUGCACAAGGUACUCAGAACAGCUGGUUGCCAUGCUAUUAUUGUGAAAGAGGAAGAAUCAAUAGUUGGGAAAUUUGCCAAAUGUUUUCAAUAUCCUGAGGAAUUUGACUUCAAAUCAGGAUCUAUGUGGAAAUCAUAUGCUUCAUACAGACUGGAUAAUCAUGAAAAGGCUAUCAGAUUUCUUGAAUCAUUGAUAGAAUCUUCUCCUUGGGAAAUCUUGAAGGAAUCACUGGCUUUUUGGUUUGAGAAGUUGAUGGCAGAACAACAAGGGGGAAAUAAACAUGGCUAUGAUACAGCAAUUCAAAUUGGGAAUAAAGAAGGAUUCAACUAG